AUGACGGCGUCGGGGACCAACGAUUCGCAGCUGCGGCUGCCGCACAUCAUCGCCUCCAAACGGGAUGGCAAGGCCUUGAGCCCCGAGCAGAUUCAUCACUUUGUCAAGGGUGUCGUCAGCGGAUCCGUGGCUGCGGAGCAGAUUGGCGCCCUGCUCAUGGCCAUCUACUGCAAGGGCAUGGAUUGGCAAGAGACCACGGAGCUGACCUCAGCCCUCCUCCACUCGGGCACAACCCUGAGUUGGGACACCCCACAUCCCAUUGUUGACAAGCACUCGACGGGCGGCGUAGGCGACAAGAUUUCGCUGGUGUUGGCCCCAGCUCUCGCGGCCUGUGGCUGCUGGGUGCCCAUGAUCUCGGGCCGUGGCUUGGGUCACACUGGUGGCACUCUGGACAAGCUUGAAGCGAUUCCUGGCUUCAGCGUAUCGCAGUCCAAGGAGGACAUGGAGCAAAUCUUGAGCAAGGCUGGGGCCUGCAUCGUCGGUCAAACCGAGUUAAUCGUGCCGGGCGACCGUAUCCUCUAUGCAGCCCGUGACAUUACCAGCACUGUGGGCAGCCUGCCCCUCAUUGUGGCCAGCAUCAUGUCUAAGAAGGUGGCCGAGGGCCUGCAGCACCUUGUCCUUGAUAUUAAGGUUGGGUCAGCAGCCUUUAUGCAGACGGAGAAACAGGCCCGUGAGUUGGCCGAGGCCAUGGUCGAAGUUGGCUGCAACCUGAACAUCGAGACCACUGCCGUUCUCACUGAGAUGGAUUGCCCCAUCGGCAAAGCCGUGGGUAACGCCGUGGAAGUAGUCGAGUCCAUUCGGGCGCUCAAGGGCGAGGGCCCGGCCGACUUGUUGGAGCUUGUGACGGUCGAGGGCGGCCAACUGCUCAUGCAAGCGGGUCUGGCAACCAACCUGGAGCAUGGUCGCGAGCUCAUUGCCAACUCCCUCCAGGAUGGCACAGCCCUCAAGGCUUUCCGCACCAUGUGCGAGGCCCAGGGCGUGUCCUCGGACACUGCAGCCGAGAUUUGCGAGCAACCCGAAGCGGUGCUGCUCAAGGCUACCAAACAGCAGACCACUAUCAAGGCAUCCACCAGCGGGUUUGUACAGCACAUUGAGGCCAUGCCGUUGGCGGAGGUGUUGGGAGAGCUGGGCGCUGGACGCCAACAUCCAGUAAGUUUAAACAUUGCGGUGGAACCGAGUUGA